CUACUACUACUAUAAUGAAAAACGAUGGGUAAAUUUGGAAUUGAAGAGCGUAAAAACGUCUUCCUCCUUCGCGGUAUCUACCCCCUCCCCUCUCAGUGGUGCGCUGACUGAGAACUGAGAACACUCAGGGCAAGCGACCGUGAACUUCUCUACUGAUGGCCGGAAAGUUGGGAUUUUUGGUUCUGUUGCUAUGUCUGACGUCGAUCUGCGAAGCUGCGGCAAUCCAGCCGAUAUCCGACGCUCAUCGAUCUGCCGCACUAGAGCUCUUCACGCCGGUCGACGGAUCUUUCGCAAGCUUAGAAGAAGCAUAUGAAGCUUUAAGAACUUUCGAGAUUCUUGAAAUUGGGAAAGAGCUUAAUGUUAGGGCUUCCACUUGCUCUUCCGCGGUGGAUAAACUUGGGUCAUCCUCUAGUCUGAAGGACUUAUUCUUUGCGCUGAGGGCCAAUGUGCUAUUUAAAUGCGAGAUCAAUGAGCAAGUUUUUCUGGAAAUUGGUUUGAGACUCAAAGCAUCUGUCAACGAUGCGAAUUCAUUGCUUGACUUCUACUACGCCAUAGGAGGUUUGCGGCUUAUAAAGGAUCAAACCUCUGAAGUUGAUGUGUUUCUUGCCGACGCUGAUGGAAUUUUUCGAUCCAUAAAGGCACUCAGCCAAAGUGAUGGAAGGUGGCGCUAUGGUCCCAAUAACCCUGUGUCAAGUACUUAUGCUGCUGGAAUAGCACUUGAAACACUUGCUGGGGUUAUAUCCUUAGCAACUUCUGAGAUUGAUCAAUCUCUGAUUGGGACGCUUAGUAAUGACAUUGUGAAGCUUUUUGAUGGCAUUGAAAAAUAUGAUGAUGGUGCCUACUACUUUGAUGAGAAACUUGUCGAUGCACGUGAACAUCAGGGUCCUCUUUCAGCAACCUCAUCUGUAGUUCGUGGGCUGACAGCUUUUGCAGCAUCUACUUCUGGAAGUUUAAAUCUUCCAGGAAACAAGAUAUUUGGUUUGGCAAAGUUUUUCCUUGGUAUUGGAAUUCCUGGCAAUGCCAAAGACUUGUAUAACCAAAUUGAUGCAUUGGCUUGCUUGGAGAGCAAUAGGGUUUCCAUUCCGCUGAUUUUAUCACUUCCAGCUACUGUGCUUUCACUGACCGAGAAAGACCAACUCAAGGUUAGGGUUAGUACUGUACUGGGAUCUACUGCACCUCCUCUUUCCGUAAAACUCACACAGGCUUUCAGUUCUGAUUCAAAGGACGCGUCUAUAAUCGAGAGUCAGGAACUCAAGUUUGAUCCAGAAGCUGAUGCCCAUGUCUUGGAUGCGUUGCCAAAGAUCGUGGAUGUUGGCAAUUAUGUUUUUGUAUUUGAGACUGUGCUACAUGAUCAAGAGCACAAGAAAGUUUAUGCCACUGGAGGUCGAACAAAGGUACCGAUUUAUGUCACGGGAGUUAUCGAAGUUGACAAUGCAGAAAUUGCUGUACUGGAUAGUGAUCUUGGGAGCUUAGAAACUCUGAAGAAGCUUGAUUUUGUCGAGAAUAAUGCUAUUUCUUUAUCAGCAAACCACUUGCAAAAGCUGCGUUUGUCCUUUCGGUUGACCACCCCUCUUAAGCAUUCAUUCGAACCACAUCAGGCUUUCCUCAAGCUCAUACAUGAGACCAAAGUUGAGCACAUCUUUGUCUUGGGGAACGCUGGGAAGCAGUUUGAGAUAAUACUAGAUUUUCUUGGACUGGUCGAGAAGUUCUCCUAUCUUUCUGGUACAUACGAUAUUCAACUUACAGUGGGUGAUGCUGUCAUGGAGAACUCUUUCUUGCGGGAGCUGGGCCAUAUUGAACUAGAUUUGCCAGAACCACCUGAGAAGGCUACCCGACCUCCUCCACGGCCGGUUGAUGCUUACCUGAGAUAUGGGCCCAAAGCUGAGAUAACACACAUCUUCAGGGCUCCAGAAAAGCUUCCUCCUCAAGAGCUCUCUCUUGCCUUCUUGGGUCUCGUUCUCGUGCCACUCCUUGCAUUUUUGGUUGGGCUUUUGCGUCUCGGCACAAACCUGAAGAACUUCCCUACAUCAACGGUCCCUGCCACAUUUGCGAUCUUGUUCCAUCUUGGCAUUGCGGCAGUUCUCUCACUCUAUGCUCUUUUCUGGUUGAAGUUGGAUCUAUUCACAACAUUGAAAGCACUAGGUUUCUUGGGAAUCUUCUUGAUGUUUGUCGGGCACAGAACCCUUUCUCACCUUGCUUCAACCUCGGCCAAGUUGAAAUCAUCUUGAGAAAACGAGAGAAUGCGUUUGCAAUGACAAUGUUCGGAACGAGGAAACACAUCAACGAGAUAUGGUUGGCUGGUCUUCUUGAUUCAGUUUUGUAGGAACUCUCCAGUCAGAAGUUUAGUGCACAAUCACAUCGAAAAGCAUGGAUCGCUUUGUCCUCUUUCCAUGUCGACGAACUUUUCAUCCCUUACGGUGUUUUAGAUUGAGUGACAUGGAGGAACCGCUGUUUUAAUAGUCGCUUUACAGUGUAUUGUCGAAUCAUUGUUUCAGUAGUAGCUUGAACUGGCUCCUUGAGAAAUAAGCAGGAAAUAAUUUUGUGAGUUCGGAUAGCCGCGAUUCAUAUGUUGGGAGAGGAAACUGAUUCCUGAUUAGUUUUACUGGUAGUAAUUAAAGGAGGAAUAUUUUGUGUGAUGAUCA